AUGUCGGAUACGACCACCACACCUACUGCCAUGGUAUCCGGUGCCGACUCACUCCCAACAUCCCAAGCUCUCACGACCGUGAAUGGCAAUGCUCAGCGCGACGACGACUUGCUCAUGUCCCCGUCUUGCACGGUCGAGGAUGAUCGAGAGACAGCACCGGACCAGGACGAUUCAAAAGCUGCAGUACUGGCGACUCCUGCCUUCUUAAAGGGGCUUCAGCCUCCACCUCUUCCUCUGUGGGCUGUGCCUCAUACGACCACGGCCCUUACGGCUUCGCGUCUGAGCCUGCUCAGCGCACGGUUCUUCGCGUCGACGGGCUUCGCGAUCGCUCGGACUUCGACCUCGCUCGGCUUUGGAGCAAUCAAGGCCGCUGUUGCUGGAAUCGGUGUCUUGCUCGACCAUUCGCUCGGUUUGGCUGGUAGCGGGCCCAUGAUGGAUGGGUCCGGGCCUCUUGCCCAGACGGGCAUCGCCGCCAUCGCUGCAGCCGAAAAGCUGGCGCUGCUCGGCAUCAACAUCGGGAGCGGGAUCACCAAUCUGGCCUUCGGAGGCGCCACUUCAACGAUCGCCUUCCUUGAAGACGUUUACGGCAACGACGAGGCACUCCGAACGCUCGAAGCUUUCACUCGUCUCGUCAAGGACGAAUGGAACACCUCCCUCCCGACCGAUCCGUACCAAGACGGGGGUCUGUCACACUGGAGCACAAUCCAGGUGGCGAAAGCAGCGGCAACAUGGGCCGCUUUGCAAAGCGUCACGGGCGAGCUCGGCGGUUGCCGGUGGGCGAUGCACCUCGACGAGCUCGACUGGGGCAAAGAAAGGAUUCCGCCGCCUCAAUAUGAGACGGGUGGAGUGCUUUGGGAAAUCACCGAUGAUCAACUUUUCGAGUCAGGGGCCGAGAUUACCGAAGCGACCAUCAAUCAGGAUGAUCGUAGCAGUCAAACGGGGUCUGAAGCGACGUACUCGGAUGAACAUGCACGACAACAACUUCGUCGCUUUGCUUCCAUGUGUCUCGGAUCGUAUGGAAGUGCCGGCGUCUUGUUCUUCGGCGUCAAGCUCCCUUCAAUCGAUGCGACGAUCGCGCCAGAUGCUUCCUCAACGACGGUCCAUCCCCUAACACCUAACAACCUUUCCGCGCUCGCACGACAGCAAGCCGAGGAGGACCUUGAAAGAACACUUCGCCCUCGACAACACGAUGCUGUCCCUCCGGAGGAGGAACAGAGCGAAGUAGCUCAACUCGGUGACCUUGCCGCGGGCUGGGCCCUGCCCGCGGAGGCAGCCUCUGCAGUCGAAGCCGUCGAAUUCCCUCCUGGAUCAACCGUCGACCAAAGCGAGGCCACAUCCGAGACCGAGACUACCUCAGCUCUGCAAGCCGAGGACUGGGGGUUGAAGAGCGAGGGCGCGUUACCACGAGCCAAGCCGAGAACAGAUGCUGCGAAACUUUCCAGUCGAUACGAUUACUGGGGUCUGAUGACUGGCAAGCAUGACGAGGCGAUCCUGCACUCAGUGGCUGGAGUUGCUCCAGAUGCUACACUUGAAGAGGCUUGUGAUUCGAGCGAUGAUGACGAUGACGAUAUGACCGAUGUUCGACCCGAGGUGCUUUCGCAGCGAAAGAAUGCACGCGUCGCUGAGAGGGAGGCAAGGAAGCGAAGGGACAUGCAAGGGCGACGGCCUCCGAGAUUCUUCAUCCUGGUUGGUUUUCACACUUAUACCUUUUGAUCCGGUCAGAUGUCGAGUCGCUGACAUCACAUGUUCGGAUGCAACAGACCGAUCACCCAAAUCACACCAUCACCGUGUUAGUGCGCGGAACCACGACCAUCGACGACAUCGCCACCGAUCUCGCGUGCGAGUCCAGCAUAUUCGACGAGACAAAGUAUUGGGAUGAUGCUUCACCUCCGCAGUCGUCUCGACUGCCCCCUUACACGGUUCACGGUGGGAUGUACGAGAUCGCGCUCGCAAUGGGUCGCAAGGACGGAGCUAUGCAUCGGGUGGUCGACAAGGCGCUUCGACGUAACCCGGGAUACGGCCUGCAGCUUGCGGGUCAUAGUUUGGGAUCUGGCUGUGCGACCUUGCUCGGGCUCAUAUGGGCCAACCCUGAUUCGGCUACGAUCUCGAGCAAGUCGGGCUUGCCGCCUGGAAGAUCGGUUCAGGUUUUCGGUUUCGCUACACCGUAGGUCAGGACUCGUGCUCGGACCUUGUUAGUAACGUUACUGAUGUGAUCAAAUCUGUCCUGCAGAUGUGUCACCGAUGCGGCUCUGUCAGUGCGGUGUCGCAAGCUCGUGCACUCCUUCAUCCACUCCUAUGAUGUCGUUCCUCGCUUCUCGCUCGGUCACAUGAGGGACAUUCGUUCUGCCGCAGCGUGGCUCUGUUACGCCAACUCCGACCAUCCCGCAGAGAGCUGCGAUAACAUUUUGUCGCGGAUUGUGGCUUACAAAAGGGGCAAAUUGGAUGAUGAUCCUGCGCGAAAGAAGGAGGAGGAAGACUGGGUGAGUGCUGCGACCCCUGACUGGACUCCGUCCGUCGCCGCUUUCCGAGCGCGGCUGUUCCAACCGCUUACUGAUGGCGUGGCUGCGAGAAAAUUUUUAACGAUCCAAAUAGUUUACUUCAAUCCGAACGAGCUUGGAGGCGAACCAGAACUACAGCACGCUCUGCCCACCCGGUGACGUGCUAUGGCUCACGAAGCCCGACGACCUCAUUCUCCCCUCCGAUGCCACAAGAACCGUUCAUCCUGGACCGAGGCUCUUCAGAGUACGUGACAGUCAUUCCCGUAUUCGAUGGUCUUAUUUUUCCUAAGACUAAUCACAAUCUUUCGUCUCGAUCGCACAGGUCAAGCGACCGGACAUCAUCUUCAAGCAAAUGAUUUUCACGCGCAACAUGCUUAGCUCGCAUCUUCCUCAUCAGUGA